AUGGCUGAGCGAACCCAAAGAGAAUUCCAGAUCAAGAAGACAAAGCGAGAGAGCAGAAGUAAGUCCCUCGCUGGCAGUAAGAAGAUUGGUAAUAAUAGCUCUACGAGAAAUAUUAUUAUCGGCCCCAAAGGAGCAGAGGGAAUGAAAUCAGAAAGAGCAGAUUCUAAAGCUCAACCACACAUUGAUAGAGCCCCUACUGAUGAUAUUAAUAUUGUCAGCCAAGGGAUUUCUGAUAAGGUAAAAGUCUGUGUCAGAGUCAGGCCUCCACUUCGAAAAGAGUUUGCAUGUGAAGAAGUUGUUUCAAUAGAUGAUAGUCAAGAACAUGCAUCAAAAAUAACUAUAAUGCAAGAAAUGGACAAAAUUGAAAGCCAUUAUGACCAGGCAUUCUCGAAAGAGACUAGUCAAGAGGAAAUAUUCGAAUUUACUAGACCAGCAAUCUCAGGUGUUAUCGAUGGUUUUAAUGCCACCGUCUUUGCGUAUGGUCAAACUGGAUCUGGUAAGACAUAUACGAUGUUUGGUCCGCAUUGGGAGACUUCUGUUAAAAAUAGUGCUAUCAGCCUGAACCAAUACCUCAAGCGUAACGGUGCUAUUAAGCAGAGAUAUGAUCUUUUUGAUAACCAAGACAAGUAUGGCAUAAUUCCUAGGGCGAUACAGCUCAUUUUCGAUCGGAUUUCUGAGGAGCAAGACCGUUCUGGUGAUAUGGAGAAGUAUACUGUUUACUGCUCCUUCCUGCAAAUAUACAAUGAAAACUUAUACGAUCUGCUUCAAGACGGGAAAUUAAAAUAAUUCGUUAAAUAUUCGAGAAGACAAAAUCACAGGUAUUUAUGUAGAGGGUCUAGCAGAAUUUGUGGUUAAUAACUCCAGAGAUUGCUUCGCCUUGAUGAAACGAGGAGAGAAGAACAGGAUUACAAAGUCUACCAAAGCCAACAUCCAUAGUUCACGUUCCCAUUCCAUCUUCCAGCUUUGUGUUGAAACUGAUAAGGUUGAUAAGAGAGGGAUGCUGAAGCGAGCUAAGCUGAACUUGUGAGACCUUGCUGGGUCUGAGAAGAUUAUUAAUAAGGAAGAAUCAAUGACAAAGGCACAUUUCAAUGAACUCAGAACUAUUAACCUAUCGCUUACAACUUUAGGCAAGGUAAUCGCUGCUCUUUCUAGCAAAGGGAAAAAUACAGGCACGAAGAAGGUCAGUUUCUAUAACAGGAAGAUCAAGAAUAGGAAAUAUGGUCCAAGUAUACCAUACAGGGAAUCGAAGCUCACUCGGUUGCUUCAGGAUUCUCUUGGAGGUAAUACCCGGACGUGCCUGAUCUGUGCUGUAUCUCCUAUGGAAGAUAAUGUAAAUGAAACCAUUAGCACUCUGAAAUUUGCAGAUAGGGCCAAACAAGUAAUGGUUAAAGUUAAGGCAAAUGAGCUUGAUGCUGCAGAUAAUGCCCUUGUUCAAAAACUGCACAAAGAAGUUGUCCAUCUCCGUCAAGUGCUUAAUCUUCGGAAGAAAGGAAAGUUUGAAGAGAUCCAGCUUCAGCUGCUGAAGCUUCAGAAGGAAAACAACAAACUGAAGACCAUAGCUGAGAACCAUGAAGAAGUCGAGAAAUUGAAAAUGGAGAACAAAUAUAUGAGAAUUGAACUACAGAAAAUCAAGAAUGAAGAAGGAUCUCAGAUCAUUCAAGAUGACGGAGACAUUUCCUUUACUGAACUUAACUCAAACGUGCAUAAGACACAGCCCCAUGAACUGUCUUCUAUGAGAAGUAAGAAUUUGAAGGAGAUAGAGAGAAGAUUCGACCCUGGAUCUCCCACAAAGUGACCAUUAUGUAACGAUCUUCCUCCAUGUACUCAUUAUAAUGAAGGGUCUGACUACGAGCCCUCUCCAAUGGAAAGAACUGGGAAUCUCAAAUCUCAAAGGCUCAGGAAGUUAGCUGCGAAUAACAAUGGCUCAGUGGUUCCAAACCUGGCAAGAUCGAAGGAAAGUUUAAUGGAUGAGAGUGAGAACCCUUACAAUGUCAUGAACACUGACUGCAAGUUUAACACAGGAAUUAUAGAGACUAGGUCAGCUACUGGCAAGAAAGUUAAACUGAGAGAAGGAACCUCAAACAAAGGAGAGUCACGAAGAACACUUGGUGGAAGGAAAUCCCCAUUCAAUAAUAGGGAAUACCAAGAUUACGGAGACUCUAGUGAUGCUCACAGAAAUGUAUCCCCUUCAGCUCUGAUAAAGCAGGACAAUAAGUUUAAAUCUCAGAAUACUUUUGAGAAGAACGAGAAGAUUUUCUUACCUACACAGAACAGUCCUAAGGAGCAUGGAGUUUCAGCAGAGGAUGAAAUCAAGAAUCUCAUGAGCAGUUCCCAAUUUUCUGCAGGAAGUAGAAGCACUCCGAAGAGAGCUUAUAAGACAGACGGCUCAAGUGCUGUACCAAUCCGUGAGUCUAAAUACAGUAUAUUCCCUGGCAAAAUCGGGAAACCACAGGAUAGAGAUAGGGUUGCUUCUCGAGAAUUGAUCCAAGCUGCUGAUAGUAUAAUGUCAAAGGACUUGAGCAUAAGCCAGGAGAGGACAUCAGGACAGUCUCCGCCGUCCCGUGUCUCUGCUUAUGCACCCAAGUCCUCUGAGAUGUAUCCCUCAGUGUCAACUGACCACAACUCUAGCUCGACUAUUAUCAGGAUUAGGGAUAAGAGCAACUAUAUAGUGACUAAAAAGGGAAAUAUAAACCAGUCAUCAAGAGACAGCUAUAUCGGAAGCAGCUCUACAGAGAAGAGAAAGGAUAUCUUGAAGGCACAAGAGAGAUUGAGGAAAAUUGAGAUGAUAGAGCAGAAGAGAAUUGGAAAAGUGAAGGAAGAGAUUAUUAAGCUUGAGCAGGAUAGGAAGAGAAAGGAAGCAGUGAGAAAGCAAAAGAGAAAAGAGUUACUUGAAAGAAAACAUAAGCUGUUAAUGGACAGAAAGAGAUUAGAAAUGAGAAAGAUAAAAAGACUUCAAGAGAAAGAUCAAUCACAAUCUAAAAUGCCAGACAUCUCUCUUUCAAGUAACAGAAAUAUUAGUUUGCUCUAAUUUUUCCAAAAGGACCUCAAAUUCGUUGCAA